GAGUAAUGAUGUAAUUAAUUUGUACUUGUAGUCAUUUAUCGAUAGUUAUGGCUAGCUCGAUAAAUAUUUACUUUUUGCUGCGCGCUGAGUUUUGUGUGUAAAUAUUUUAAGAUUAUGACUGAAGUUGCUGACUAACAAUGCGUCUGUUACGCUGUUAUGCUACCAAAGUUGGCCGCGACCAUUAUGCUAGCAGCAGCACUAAAGUGUUUCGCAAAUUGCCCAGCAAAAACAACAAACCAAAACCAAAGCCCAAACAUGCGCAACAAGCUGAUGAGGAAUAUGCCGAAAAUCUAGUAAAAGUGCAGAUGAUAUCGCAGAAUUUACAUAGACAAAUCUUUCCCCAGGCAUUGCGACAAUACAGCGAUGUGCAGAAGGCAGCUGCCAAUCUGUACAAUGCGGAACUAAAGCGACACGGCAUUGAUGUAGCAAGCACAUCGUGCAUGCCGGAUGUGCAGCUAAAGUUGCCGCAAUUGCGCGGUCCGAACAUUGAGCAGCACUUCCAUGCUAUUGCCAAGGAACAAGUGCAGCCUUACUUGGCGCUGCUGCAUCCACUUGUGGCCUGCAAUGAACUGCCCGCGAAACCCAAGCGUUGGGCCUUCUAUGCCGGCUGGACAGCAUACGAUCCAACGGAUGGGAGCGCGACUCCAGUGCAGAAACCGUUGGAGCACGGCCUUGUGUUCGAUGUGGAAGUGUGUGUGCGUGAGGGCAGCACCCCAGUGCUGGCCACAGCUGUCAGUACCAAGCGAUGGUAUUGUUGGGUAAGUCCAAGACUAACGAAGCAUCGGCUAAAUGUACCAUCCAUGGAUCCCAUCGAUGUGGAUCAUAACAACGAACGACCGCAUUACAGUUUAGACGAACUCAUUUCCCUGGGGCGCGAUGAGCCGUCUCUAAUUGUCGGUCACAAUGUCUCAUACGAUAGAGCGCGAUUGCGGGAGCAGUAUUUGAUUGAGGACACGGGCACACGCUUUGUGGAUACCAUGUCGCUUCAUAUGUGCGUCAGCGGCGUCACUAGCUAUCAGCGUGCCAUGCUCAAGUCGAAAAAGGAGCCGGCUGUGGAGGAUCUCGAAUGGUUAGAGCAGAGUUCGCUCAACAGUUUGGUAGAUGUGCAUCGUUUGUAUUGCGGCGGCGACGAAUUGUCCAAGGAACCGCGCAACAUCUUUGUGGAGGGCACGCUGGAUCAGGUGCGCCAGCACUUCCAGUCGUUGGUUAAUUACUGCGCUGGUGACGUAGAGGCAACACAUCGAGUGUUGCGCGUGCUUUAUCCACUCUACGCCGAACGCUUUCCACAUCCUGUUACUUUGGCGGGCAUGCUAGAAAUGGGUUCCGCCUAUCUGCCCGUAAACUCCAACUGGGAGCGCUAUAUCCGUGAUGCACAGCUGACCUAUGAGGAUCUCAGUAUUGAGGCCAAAUAUCACUUGGGUCGUCGAGCAGAAGAAGCUUGUGCCUUACUCCAUGAUGAGCAAUAUCGUCAGCAUCUUUGGCUGUGGGAUGAGGACUGGAGCGUACAGACGCUCAAAUUAAAGCAGCCGCCCAAGCGUAAGCCAUUACCCAGCGUGGAGUUGCAGCAUCGUGAUCUCAGCACAAACCAACGGCAGCUGCAACAGAAGUUUCAACAUCUCUACGAUCAACGCGCCUUGUUGCCAGCGCGUCGUCCCUUGUUGCCCGGCUAUCCGCAAUGGUAUCGCAAAUUAUGUCGCAAGCCUCCCUCAGUUUACAGCGAGGAUGAGCCGCUGGCUGAUGAGGAGGAAGAGCUUUGGACGCCGGGUGCCAGUGAAAUUAGUACUGGCAUGCAGAUUGCUCCUAAAUUAUUGUCGCUUUGCUGGGAGGGCUAUCCCCUCCACUACAAGCGGGAGCAUGGCUGGGGAUUUCUGGUACCAUUUCGAAGUGAUUCAAUCUCCGCGCACACUAAACUGCCCAUGGAUCAGCUGCUUGAGCGCUGUGCCAUCCCAGAAUUUGCUCGGCAAUUUGCUUCGGAGGAACACAGCGAGCUGGCCAUGGAUAUGCUGCCCCAACAAAUAGAUGAGCAGCUGGGCAAGCGACAGCAUUACAAAAAAAUCUCGCAACGUCAGCAACGGCUUGAAGAAAACUACAAAGGCUCCGGAGUCUGGUGUAACCAGGUGCUAGACGACAUCUGCUUUUUCCUCAAACUUCCCCACAAGAACGGACCGUCGUUUCGGGUGGGCAAUCCGUUGUCUAAGGACUUUCUCAACAAGUUCUCGGAGCACGCGUUGAGUAGUGGAGAUCCCACUUGCCAGGGGGCGUCGCGGGUCAUUGAGAUUGCUCGCAUGAUGUCCUACUGGCGCAACAAUCGUGAUCGUAUUCUUAAUCAAAUGGUUGUUUGGCUGCAGCCAGAGGAGCUGCCUACGGCACUGGCUUCGCAUGCUCAGCGCAUUGCCUAUGGCGCCAUUUGUCCGCAGGUUGUCGUGGCUGGCACCUUGACGCGUCGCGCUAUGGAAUCCACCUGGAUGACAGCGUCCAAUUCACGCGCCAAUCGCAUUGGCUCCGAGUUGCGUGCCAUGGUUCAAGCCCCGCCAGGUUAUAAGCUCGUCGGUGCAGACGUGGACUCUCAAGAGCUAUGGAUAGCCUCAGUGCUGGGUGAUUCCUAUGCGCAUGGCGAGCAUGGUGCCACGCCUUUGGGUUGGAUGACCCUCAGCGGCAGCAAGGCCAAUGGCAGCGACAUGCAUUCCAUCACCGCCAAAGUGGUGGGUAUCUCUCGUGAUCAGGCUAAGGUGAUAAACUAUGCACGUAUCUAUGGAGCUGGACAACAAUUUGCCGAGACGCUGCUGCAACAAUUCAAUCCCUCGCUAAGCGCCAGCGAAGCCAAGGCCAAGGCCAUGAAGAUGUUUGCGGCCACAAAGGGCAAACGUGUCUAUCGGCUGCGAGAAGAGUUCCAUGACGAACUGGAUGACAGAGCCUACAGCAGCUAUGAGGCUAAUCGCCUGGCAAUGCAACGUCAACGUUCCAUUGGCGAGGUGUUUCAUCGUCCAAGCUGGCAGGGUGGCACGGAGAGUGCCAUGUUCAAUCGGCUGGAGGAGAUUGCCACACGUAAGCAGCCCGAGACGCCGUUUCUCGGCUGCCGCUUGAGCCGUGCCUUGGAGUCGCAGGAUCAGGAGCAACGAUUUCUGCCCACUCGUGUCAAUUGGGUGGUGCAAAGUGGUGCCGUUGACUUUCUGCACUUGAUGUUGGUGAGCAUGCGUUGGCUGCUCGGACCUCACGCGCGUUUCUGUUUGAGUUUUCACGACGAACUGCGCUAUCUAGUCAAGGAUGAUGUAGCUCCGAAAGCCGCACUGGCCAUGCACAUUACCAAUUUGCUAACACGCUCCUUUUGUGCCUCUCGCAUUGGACUCACCGAUCUGCCCAUGUCCGUUGCCUUUUUCUCGUCCGUCGAAGUGGACACCGUACUGCGCAAAGAGUGCACCAUGGACUGCCAGACGCCCUCAAAUCCACAUGGCCUUAAAAUUGGCUACGGCAUUGCGCCCGGUCAGAGUCUUAGCAUAAGCGAGGCCAUCGAGAAGGCAGGAGGUUCUGAUGUCAGUCAAUGGGAGUGGCUCAAAGAAGAGUCAAAUUAAACGAAGAACUGAGCAGUAGUUUAUUUGUUUGUUAAGAUUUGGUAAAAUUACGAGGGUUGCUAUUUAAGUUUCUGGCCUAGGUCACUUCUAGCCAUAUUAGGACCAAUUGGCUAUUUCCCAAAAAAAGUUUGGACUUUUAUCAAUAAAAGCUCCAUACAACUUGUUCAUGUACGAGCACGUUUGAUAUCGAUAAACGAUUAAUCAAAAACUUACCUCGGCAGAAAAAUCGAAUUAACUCGUGAACACUUUUGAGCAAAAAUUUUUCACAA